AUGAGGCUUACUCGUCGCUGUUUAGGAAACAUCACCAAAAUGUUGGACUUUUAUUCUCAGUUCAACCCAUCACCUCUUUCAAUAAAACAGUUUAUUGAUUUUGGUCUGAGCGCUUGUGAGAGAAAAUCUUUCAUAUUUUUAAGGAAAGAACUUCCAGUAAGGCUUGCUAAUAUAAUGAAAGAAAUUCAUCUAUUACCUGAACAUUUACUAAGGAUGCCAAGUCUUGGGAUAGUUAAUAAUUUAUAUGUUACAUCAUUUGAAGAAAUAAUUCAUUUUGAAAAAGCUGAAGUCAAUGAAACAACAUUAGAUAAAUUUUGUCAAGCACUCAUAAAAAUACGAAAUCGUCAUUCAGAUACGGUGGAAGUAAUGGCAAAAGGUAUUCUCGAGUUGAAAGAAUCUCAUGAUGUAGAUGCACAAAUGGAAAAUAACAUUCAGUACUUUUUGGACAGAUUUUUUAUGUCAAGAGUUUCAAUAAGAAUGCUAAUUAAUCAACAUACAUUACUUUUUGGAGGAGUGUUAAAUGGUGACAAUAGACACGUCGGUUGCAUUGAUCCAUCUUGUGACGUAGUAAGUGUUAUUAGAGACGCGUAUGAAAAUGCGCGAUUUCUUUGUGAUCAAUAUUAUUUGGCAAGUCCAGAACUGAUUAUUAAGCAACAUAAUGAUUUCGAAAAUGGCAAUCAAAUUAGAAUAGUUUAUGUUCCAAGUCAUUUGUAUCAUAUGCUGUUUGAACUUUUCAAAAACAGUAUGAGAGCGAUAAUGGAGUAUUAUGAUGGUCGUUCAGAUAGCUAUCCAUCAAUAGAAGUGAAUAUUGUGCGUGGAAAAGAGGACAUUUGUGUGAAGAUGUCAGAUCGUGGUGGUGGAAUACCACGUUCGCAGAUGGAUCAGCUCUUUAAAUACAUGUACAGUACAGCACCACAACCCAGCAAAUCUGAUGCCCAUACAGUUCCAUUGGCUGGAUAUGGUUAUGGUCUUCCAUUAUCACGAUUAUAUGCCAGAUAUUUUCAUGGUGAUCUUAUAGUACUCAGUUGUGAAGGAUAUGGAACUGAUGCUGUUAUUUAUCUAAAGGCAUUAUCCAAUGAAGCAAAUGAGUUAUUGCCUGUAUUCAACAAGACUUCAUCGAAAUUUUAUCGAACACCAGUGCCCACUGCUGAUUGGAGUAGCUCAUGUGGAGGUGGGAUGGCAGGUAGACAAUUAAAUGUCAGUCAUAAUAAUGGACACCGGUUACCUAAUGGAUUAAGCAUUACUACAUAUUGA